AUGCGCGCGCGCGUCUUGCCCACCGCCCUCCAUUCCUUGGCCACCCUUCCCUCCUCCCAGCCACCCUUCCUUACCCUCUCGUGGGCGGCCUGCCACACCUCCCUGCAGGCGCCUUCCCCUCCCCCCCGUGGUGCGCCUUCUUCUGCCGUUUCUGCACCACCUCCUCCUUCUCCCCUCACCCCAUCCGCCUCUUCACCCUCCUCCUCCUCUCCUCAUUCCUUCCUCCCUUCCGUGCCUUUCCUCCCUUCCUCCACCUCCUUCCCCUCCGCAUCUGCCACCUGGCUGCGUGUUACUGAUUGCCACUUGGUGAUCGUGACCCUACUUCCUCCCAACACUCCGCUCCUUCACCCUCCUCCUCCUCUUCUCUCUCCCUCUAUUUCCCCCACCCUCUCACCUCUUCCUCCGCCUCUCUUCUCUCCCUAUCUGCUGCAGCUGGUAGCUCAGCUGACUACAUCGCCCCUAUUCCUCCUCUUUUCUCUCUCCAACACUGCUUUACUGCUAUCCCCUCCCCCAUAUGGGGCCUCUUCUCGCUCUUACCUCUUCCUCUGCGCUUCCAUCCUCACCCUUCUCCCGCCGUACCUCCUCUCCUACCAUUGCCUUCCCUACUCUCCGCCCCCUUCGCUGCCCCUUCCUCCCCUUCCGCCCUUCCUACUUGCCGUUGUACCUCCCCUCUUCUCCACCCCUCUUCUUGGAUUCCGCUAUCCCAUCAGCGUCGCCGCUCUUCUGCCGCUGUAA